AGUUCCAGUCAGCUGUUAAGAAACUUUUUGUACGCUCGAAGAUUUAGGAGAGUUGUGGGUUAUUUUUUUUUCGUUUCCCACAUUAUAUUUACAAUUGAACAAAAAAAAUCGCAUUUGAAGUUGAGUAAAGCCAUACUAAUACUUAGAUAUAUGUAAUAAUGGCUCAAACAAAAGUAGUUUACGUUUCUAGUGAAAGAAUUAGGAAACAACUAACUAAACUUCGUACAAUUCAGAAUCGGCAAAACAUGGUGGAUGAUUUGAUCGAAUCCUACGGAAUUUUGAAUCAUUGCCAAUUGAUUGAUCCCGAUCCGUGUUCGUACGAUGAUUUGCUUCUGUUUCACAGUUCUGAUUAUGUUGACUGUUUGAAGAAACAUAACGACGCAGAUGAAACCGACGAUGUGACGGAUGAGCUACAGGAGUUCGGGCUAGCAUUUGAUUGUCCACUAUUGAAAAACAUCUACGACUUUGUCACUACUAUAGCAGGAAGCACAUUAGCGGCAGUUAACGCCAUUCUAACUGGAGCACAGGUAGCUAUCAACUGGAAUGGCGGUUGGCAUCACGCACAACGAGAUUGUGCAUCGGGAUUUUGCUACGUAAAUGAUAUAGUAAUAGGCAUUCAACGACUGCGAACGCGUUUCCAGAAGAUCUUGUAUAUUGACCUGGAUGUUCAUCAUGGUGAUGGUGUGGAAGCUGCAUUUAGUUUUAGCAAAUACGUCAUGACCCUAUCAUUCCAUUUACACGAACCCGGAUACUUCCCGGGCAGUGGAAACAUCUCAGAGAUCGGUUUAGGCUUGGGAAAGGGUUACACAGUAAACGCACCCUACAAACGAGAUAUUUGCGGUGAAGUAUUUACGAAAUAUUUUGAAAAUGUUUCUACAAAAGUUUGGGAAUCUUUUCAACCCAAUGUUUGCAUUAUUCAAUGCGGUGCAGAUGUGAUAGCUGGAGAUCAUUUAGGUGGCACGAAUUUGCUUCCAUCAGAUUUAUCAUCUUGUAUUAGAACUUUGCUGAAAUGGAACAUUCCAAAAAUAUUUCUUGGAGGAGGAGGAUAUAAUCCUGUAAAUGCAGCCAAAUAUUGGACUGAGCUUACAGCGACCAUUGUAGAUGCUCCCAUACAGAAAGAUAUCCCCGAUGAGUCCAGUUUCUUUCUUGAUUACGGUCCUGAUUUCGUGCUAGAUGUAACUCCAAGGAAUGUGAUUGAUAAGAAUACAACACAGUACAUUGAACAUAAAGUCGGUUUAAUUGAAGAUAAUUUGGAACAAUUUGUUAGGAUUAAACAUGUAGAGGAAUAAAAUGGUACAUCGAUACUAGUGAACAACGUUUGGCAAAUACCACCUCACA